CGGUGCUUCCGGUUGGCGGCGCGUGUUCUGUGAGGCGCGCGGAGGAGGAGGGGUGUGGAGGGAGGCGAAAGAGGGAGCGGCGCUGGCGGUUCGGAAGCGGAGGAGGAGGAGGCGGCUCCUGAUGCGAAGCUCCCGCUCUCCGGAGCUGGAGAGAUAUAUUACUAAACCAUAUUUUAUGAAACUGACUUUUUGUCAAGUAUACCUUUUUGAUGCCUGGUAUCUGAAACCUCCCAACUAUGCCAGCAGCUACAGUAGAUCACAGCCAAAGAAUUUGUGAAGUUUGGGCUUGCAACCUGGAUGAAGAGAUGAAGAAAAUUCGUCAAGUUAUACGGAAGUUUAACUAUGUUGCCAUGGACACAGAGUUUCCAGGUGUAGUUGCACGUCCUAUUGGAGAAUUCAGAAGCAAUGCAGACUAUCAGUAUCAACUACUCCGUUGUAAUGUGGACUUGUUAAAAAUAAUUCAGUUAGGGCUGACGUUCAUGAAUGAGCAAGGCGAAUAUCCUCCAGGAACUUCAACGUGGCAGUUUAAUUUUAAAUUUAAUUUAACAGAAGACAUGUAUGCCCAGGAUUCCAUAGAGUUGCUGACUACAUCUGGAAUCCAAUUCAAAAAACAUGAGGAAGAAGGGAUUGAAACUCAAUACUUUGCUGAACUUCUUAUGACAUCGGGUGUAGUGCUAUGUGAAGGGGUCAAGUGGCUUUCUUUUCAUAGUGGCUACGACUUUGGAUAUCUGAUAAAGAUCUUGACGAAUUCCAAUUUACCUGAAGAAGAGCUGGACUUCUUUGAGAUACUGAGAUUGUUUUUCCCUGUCAUUUAUGAUGUGAAGUACCUUAUGAAGAGUUGCAAAAAUCUCAAGGGUGGAUUGCAAGAAGUUGCUGAGCAGUUAGAGUUGGAAAGGAUAGGCCCACAGCAUCAGGCAGGAUCUGACUCUCUGUUAACGGGAAUGGCCUUCUUCAAAAUGAGAGAGAUGUUCUUCGAAGAUCACAUUGACGAUGCCAAAUACUGUGGUCAUUUAUAUGGUCUUGGUUCAGGAUCAUCUUAUGUACAGAACGGGACAGGAAAUGCAUAUGAAGAAGAAGCCAACAAGCAAUCAUGACAUGAAAUUGAAAACCACUUUUUCUGAGCUCCACCUGCUUGUACAUAGGUUUUAUCUCUGACUGAAUCCCUUGGACAAUAAGGCAUUCUUUUCCUCUUGUUAUCAGCACACUUUUUUCUGCAUUUGUACCUACUAAACUUGACUGUUCCUAUCCCAGUUUUUUGACCUUGAUGUGUAGGCAUUUCUGGGUGAACUGUGGCCUUGUACUUUGCCCAACUGUACAUAAGCACAUGUAGGAGCAGUGUGGCAGAUAGAAGAGGAAAGCAAAAAUGAUAAUGAAAUUUCUGGUAAACUUUAAUUGGUCUUAGCAUUGGUUUAUUAUCUUCCCCACCCAUUUUCUUAAACUUGAACUAGCACUGAUUGAUAUUUAUCCCAGUGUACAGGAGUUUUAGCUAUUCAAGAUUGUGGACCAUCACAUUUGCACUUUAGAAGAGUGACUCACAGUCAGAUCCUCUUGUUUUAUCUGAAGUUCUGGUUUUCCUUCCUUGACCGAAACAAAUCUGCCAGCCUAUGGUUUUUCACCACUCCCCACAUCAGUUUCAAAUCCACUGAAGAAAAGCACACUCAUUGUAUAAUUUCUGUUCAAAACUACUGAAAUCUUAGCAGCUGCUCUUGUAUCUAAACUGGUGCCUGGUCUUCCAAGUGUGUCCUGCACACACCAAGUUGUAAUUGGCUUGCCAGUUUAAUACUGCUUUGUGAUGGAAAUAGUUAGAUGGAGCUGUGAGGAAUCACUCUUCUGUACUCUCCGCUGAACUGAGGCUCUCAUGUAGCAUCUGAUACAUGUUCCUGAUCAGUUCUCCAUGGAGUAUGUUUAGGAGAAAAUCUUCAUGGAUCCAUCCCCCCAAUCUCUAAAAACAAGAUUUAGAGCUAUCAGGAAAGUUUCUGUGCCCAUGUUUAGUUUUGUCUGAUCAGACUUAAUCAAAAGGAUGGAAAUUGCAGUUAGAUUAACAAGUUGUGCUAACUGUGGAUCCAUUUUCUCAUACCUGUUCCAGCAAGCUAUGCCCCACAAUACUUUCUAUUUUAAAAUCUUAUUUAUUCUUUACUUGAGUAGAUGAACACAACUCAGUUUAAGAAUGAGUUCCAAAGAUUUGAAGUCAACUUGAUAUAGAGCCAAAUAGAAAAGGAAAAUAGGAAUGUCCUUUUCUGGAGCAACUACAAAGGACAUUUGUUGUAAAACAACAAAUAUGUUUGUACCUAAUAAAGUUACCCAAGACUUAUAAGGCUAGCUUAUUUUUUGAGUCUAUCUCAGCAAUAUAUUUUAUAAAUACCUUGUUUUAUUAAAGGACCACAAAUACUUUCCUCACCAUGCAGAGCAUGCUCAUACAAAGCAGUUGUGCAGGAAGACUUUAACUGAUAUUGAAUAGCUAAAACCUAAACUGAAAUGAUGGAGUGCCUGUAACUGCAUUUUGUAUAUCAUCUACACUGAAAAUCAGUUGGGAGUAAAUCUUAGCAAUGUUGAGCAAGUUGAUCUGUUUACCAUGUACUUUAACUUGUUUUCCUUUUUUUUUUCCUCAUGAAGUUACAAUGAUGUAACUGGGUGGUCCUUUUUAAAGAAAAAUAAUACAUUUGCAUAAGAGGGUAUUUGUUUUUAAAGCUUUUGUAAAUAAAGGCUUCAAACAUGUUUUCUUAUA